AUGUGCUUUUAUUACUUUCUGCUUUCGUUCCUAGCGGUGGUGGUGCUGGGCGUUGGCUCGGUGCUGGGGUACGCGUUUCGCGAGCGCAUUGCACUCGGCCUGCAGGACCAAAUGUACGAGAGUUUGGACCAGUACGGACGGCGCCGCCUGACGACCGUGUCCUGGGACAUGACGCAGGAGGAUCUGCAGUGCUGCGGUGUGGAGGAUUUUCGCGACUGGAACGAGCGCAUACCGGACUCGUGCUGUAUGGAUGAUUACGGAGCGCGGAAGCGUCCUUGCCAGCAGCUGCAAACUUCGCUUACGAUCUACCGGACGGGUUGCUAUGAGGCGAUCACGCAGACGUUGGUGCGCAAUGGUUUGAUGCUGGGUGGAGCUGCCCUGCUACUACUGCUGGCGAUCGUACCGGCUACGGUUAUGGCAUACUACAUGUUGACUACUAUCUGAAAUGUGAGAAAAUUAGGUGCAAUAAAGAUGCUAUUCCUUACGGAAUGAUUUGCGUUGCUCUGAGUUUUGAUGUAGAUUUUAAUUGGAGUAAGUAAAUAACACGAUAACCCAAGGGGUAUUUUCCAGAGUUGGUAUAAAUUCA